CCGGUCCAUUUGGAAAAGUCAACAUGCCUGCGCAGGGCGCAAAACAAUCAACUCGGGCGAUGCCCGCCCAGGCUGGCACGCGAACGCGCACGAGCGCCCCGCGCCCCAGCCAGAGCCGAAGCCAUGCCCCGACCGCCAGGGGGGGGGGGGACGGGGGCGGGCGGGGAGGGGGGGGGCAGGGGCAGGCACGGAGAGCGGGGAGCGGGGAGGGCGGCGAGGCGAGGCGGCAAGAAGAUGCGGCUGCCAAUUGGCUGGCAGGGCUGCAGCGAGGAUCAUGCCCCCGUGGCCUUGUACACUAACUACUGCGGGACUGCAGCCCCCGUCGCUCACGGAGGGCACGGGCACAGGCAGGUGUUCGGCUCCCCCGUGCCGCACGACGCCGGGUCACUGGGGCAAGGGAUGUUGCCCGGGCAGUACUGCCCAGCCGAGCAGAACGUAGGAUUGCACGCUGGUCCCGGCGGGUACUGCGACGGCACCUGCACCACGGAGACGUUCUCGGGCGACGGCACAACCUUGGCCUGCGACGGCACCUCCAGCGCGGAAGCGCCGGGGCAUGGGCACAGGCAGGUGUUCGGCUCCCCCGUGCCGCACGACGCCGGGUCACUGGGGCAAGGGAUGUUGCCCGGGCAGUACUGCCCAGCCGAGCAGAACGUAGGAUUGCACGCUGGUCCCGGCGGGUACUGCGACGGCACCUGCACCACGGAGACGUUCUCGGGCGACGGCACAACCUUGGCCUGCGACGGCACCUCCAGCGCGGAAGCGCCGGGGCAUGGGCACAGGCAGGUGUUCGGCUCCCCCGUGCCGCACGACGCCGGGUCACUGGGGCAAGGGAUGUUGCCCGGGCAGUACUGCCCAGCCGAGCAGAACGUAGGAUUGCACGCUGGUCCCGGCGGGUACUGCGACGGCACCUGCACCACGGAGGCGUUCUCGGGCGUCAGCAAACCCUGGACCCGCGACGGCACCUGCAGCGCGGAAGCGCAAUCCUGCUCCUCCUCUGUGUCCGCAGCCACGGCAGCCCCAGCGGCGGCCUGGGUCGCGCAGGCGAAGGCGAGCAGCGCCAGGGCGAGGCGGGCGGGGGCCAUCCUGGGAAUGGUAGAAGCUCGCGCGGGGAGAGAAUGGCUGGCGAGGGUUGGGCCGUGGUAAACGGGCGCCCUCUUCUCAGACCAUGAACCAAAACGGCUGCGGUCAGUGGGGGUUCGUGUAGCG